CAGCAAAAUUCAAGUAAGCUGACGAACCAAAGUCAAUUUCUCUUCCAAGUCUAAAUAAGAAACAUUAUUCCAAAUUUGAUCUAUUUUCGGAACUACAUGUAGAGCCGCAUUUGAAAUAAUUAUCCUAGAUUUCAAAACCGUCUUACUAAAGUCCAGACUGGCGACUUCGUGACUAAAGGUGUUUCCUAAAGUCUCAUGCCAUUAUCACAAGCCCACAAUAGCCCCGGAGCCCAGUAUUUAACGAUAGCCUCGACGUUUAGACCUGCCCCUUCCGAAACACCUCCGAGACUACCGCAUACUCGAUCCGCCAAGUCGCCCUUCCUCUCAAGUCCAACCUAUACAUAUACCCACUUGACCCGUCAAUCGGCGAGGAAAAUACCAUCAAAGUGUUUUCCCGAAAAAUAACAAGUAGACUUUGCGCUGGCGCAUCCGGAAUUUCAGUAGCAGCCCUCGCCUCUGCUGGUUUUCAGAAUUACACAAAGCAGUCAAGUCAGAUUCCAAAGAUAACAACUAGGAAAAUGCAUAGCAAGGUCGUCAUUAUCGGCUCCGGGCCUGCCGCCCACACGGCUGCCAUCUACCUCGCCCGCGCUGAGCUGAACCCGGUUCUCUACGAGGGUUUCAUGGCAAAUGGUAUCGCUGCUGGCGGUCAAUUAACAACCACAACCGAGAUUGAGAACUUCCCCGGCUUCCCUAAGGGUAUUAUGGGUAGUGAGCUGAUGGAUGCUAUGCGAGCACAAUCAGAGCGAUUCGGAACCAAGAUCGUCACCGAGACCGUUGCGAAACUCGACCUUUCCUCUAGACCAUUCAAGUAUGAGACUGAAUGGGCCCUCGGUGAUGUACACACUGCGGAUACCGUCAUUAUUGCUACGGGAGCUUCUGCAAGGCGAUUGGGUCUUGCUGGAGAGGAGCAAUACUGGCAGAAUGGUAUCAGCGCAUGCGCAGUCUGCGAUGGUGCUGUCCCAAUAUUCCGGAAUAAGCCCCUAGUAGUCAUCGGUGGCGGGGACAGCGCUGCUGAAGAGGCUACUUUCUUGACGAAAUACGGUAGCCACGUUACGGUUUUGGUGCGAAAGGAUCAACUCCGUGCUAGCAGCAUUAUGGCCCAACGGUUAUUGAAACAUCCCAAGGUCACCGUCAGAUUCAACACCCGAGGCGUCGAAGUUAAGGGUGAUGAUAAAGUUAUGACCCACUUGGUUAUCGAAGAUACGGUCACUGGAAAGCGACAGCUUAUCGAGGCGAAUGGUCUUUUCUAUGCUGUCGGCCACGACCCGGCCACGACCUUGGUUAAGGGUCAAUUAGAAACCGAUUCAGAGGGCUACAUCAUCACCAAGGCCGGCUCUCCAUUAACAAGUGUUGAGGGCGUAUUUGCAGCUGGUGAUGUACAAGACAAGAGAUAUAGACAGGCUAUUACUAGCGCAGGUUCCGGAUGCCAAGCUGCUUUAGAAGCGGAGAAGUUCAUCUCGGAGCACGAAGGGGACGAGAGAGAGGGUGCUGCUGAUGGUAAAGCCGAAUGACUGAUACCCGCAAAGUUCUAGUUAUUGCUAUCGCAUAGAGUUUCAUGUCAGCGUGUUUGUUGACAAUCUCAUAGACAGAUACCAAAUAGACGGAAUCAAGAACAGCUCAACCCAAUCCAAUAUAAUUAGCACUUGUCCAUUACGAAAGUGUAUUUACAUGAUAGAAUAGAUGAACUACUACUACUAGUCUUCUUAUUGGAAACUCAUCGUCAU